AUGGCCAGUGAGGUGCCGGCGUUCGGAGCUCCGGCGAGGGGCAGCAGGGCGCGCGGCGAGGGGGCAGCCGGAGUCGCAGGUGCUGCAACAGGGGCGGCCGGCGCGGAGGACAGCAGGGGCGGCUGCUGCGGGCGUCGUUCGAAGGUGCUGCAGGCGGCGGGCAACCGGCGCGGCGAGGACAGGGAGCGGCGCUCAGGCGGAGGGGCGGCAACCGGCGCGGCGAGGGGGAUCGGGCUGCGGGCUCGGCGGUCGUCGCGGCUGCAGGUGCUGCAGCGGCGUCGGGGGCUCGGGCUGCAAAGCAGAGGCGGAGAAGCGGCGAAGCCUAGGCCGCUGGCGUCGGCAGCAGCGGCGGCGACUGCAGGAGGACGCGGCGUUCCGGCGGUUGCUGCAGCAGCGGUGACCGGCGCGGGAGUAGAAGAUGAAGAAGAGUUCGAGAGAUUAGUGGCGGUUUUUGGAGCCAGAGUUGAAAAGAUGAUGACAAUGACGAGAACAAAGGCAAGGAGGAGGAGGAGAAAGCUUGAGAAGAGUGAGGCAUAG